GACUGUCAAGUGUCAAACGUCAAAACAUCCUCGUAAAUUUUUUGGGACAAUAUUUUCAUAAAAUUAAUGUUCUGAACUAGCUGGAACCCGAUGGAAACGAUGUCGGGGGGUAAACUUGAAGUAAUCUGGUCCCCGGUCCACCAUGACAAGUUUAUUAUUUGGGGUUCCGACAUAACCUUGUACCAGGUUUCAAGACUCAAAGAUAUUGAGAAAAAGACUGCUUUCACUCAGAUAUCGGGCAACCGCGGGGCGACGGUGAUUGCGUCGCAGAGCGCGAACGGCGUGCGCUGCGUGGACGUGAGCGCGGCGCCGGAGCAGGCGGAGCCGCUGCUGGCGCUGGGCCACGCGAGCGGCCGCGUGUCGCUUACCGCGCUCAAGCAGACCCUCGACCCGCUGGGGCUGGUCGGCAGGGAGUUCACUCCCCGAUACUCUCGGCUUUGCAACUCGGUGUCAUGGAGCCACGUGGAAACAAACCUGCUGGCAGUGGCUAUGGAGAAACAUCGCAGCGACCAUUGCAUACUACUGUGGGACGUGAACAGAGGCUCUACCCCACCUGAAGAAUCCAAAAGUGCAGAAGCAGCCUUGGUACCUACACCUGACUCAGCCAAGCCUCUAGCAGAGAUGGGUCUCUCGGAGACAGCCCACAAUGUCUCCUGGUCAAACUGCUCCAACCGUACUCUGCUGGCUAGUGUCAAUCUUAAAUAUAUCAAGAUAUUUGAUCUAAGAGACUUAUCGAACAAGGGCGUGCUGGUGGCCACGAGCCGGUACUGCUACGGCGCGUGCUCGGACCCCUUCAACCCGUGGCAGCUGGCGUCGCGCGGCGAGAGCGUGGUGUGCGUGUGGGACGCGCGCGCGCUGCAGCGCCCGCUGCUCACGCUGCCGCAGCCGCGCCACGUCACGCGCAUCCAGUGGUGCCCCACCAGACGCAACCUGCUGCUGUCGCUGCAGCGCGACGCGAGCGCGCUGCGCCUGCACGACGUGCAGCAGGGCGGGCGCGCGCCGGCGGAGCCCGAGGGCGCCGUGGAGGCGGAGCCCGAGGAGCCGGAGCGCGGCCCGAGCGUGCUGGAGCGCGACGUCACGCCCGCGCCGCCCGCGCCCGCCGCCGCCGCGCCCGCGCCUCUCGCGGCUUUCUGCUGGCACCCUGCGCACGAAGCUCGUCUGUUGGCUGUCAAUGUCGCAGGCGGCGUGUGCGACUACACGGUGUGCGAGCGCGUGACGGUGGCGUGGGGCGGCGGCGGGCUGGUGUGGGCGGGCGGCGGCGGGCGCCUGCGCUUCCUGCCCGACGCACAGCAGCGCGACCUGCACGACAUCUCCUACACUAUGCGCCGCCGCGCGCAGACCGAUUAUGGGCUCAAGCCUGAUUUAUGGCAAAACGCUGACCUGGCUGACGACGAAGCAUUGAGUGGACUCUGGCAUUUCUUGGCGCUCAGCAAAUCUCUAGUCGAAGAUGGGUGCAUCCGCAACAGCCCGUGGAAGCACCCGGGCGUGCGCACGGUGCUGCGCGCGGCGGGCGAGGGCGGCUACCGCUCAGAGGCCUCGCCCUGCCUGCUGCCCGACCUGCCGCAUCGACGCCAGACUGUCUACAGGAGCAGCGAGCGUACGCGCGCGCUUUCGCUGUGCGGCUGGGGCUGGGGCUGGGAGAACGCGGCGGCCGGCGUGGAGCGCGCGGAGGCGGCGGGCACGCCCUGCCGCGCCGCCGCGCUCGCCGCCUUCCACCUGCGCCUGCGCCACGCGCUCGACGUGCUGGCGCGCGCGCGCGAGCCGCAGCUCAGGGUAGUGGCGCUCGCGUUGGCUGGUCUAAGCGACGAGCGUUUAUGGCGCGAUGCAUUAGCGGCGGCGGCGCCGGCGCUACCAGACGCGUACCUGCGCGCGCUGCUGCUGUUCCUGGCGGCGUCCGCGCCGGCCGCGCCCGCGCCGCCCUCCGCGCCGCCCGCCCCCUCGGCUGAGCUCGACGCCGUGUUGGCAGAGACUGAGAUGCGGCUGGAAGACCGCGUGGCCUUCGCCUGCGUGUACUUAUCCGAUGCUAAGCUGCACGACUAUAUCCGCCGCACGACUGAUGAGCUGGUGGAGGCGGGCGACCUGUCCGGAAUCCUGCUCACCGGCGCGAGCCUAGAAGGCGUGGCGCUGCUGCAGCGCUGGGUGGAGCGCACGGGCGACGUGCAGUCGGCGGCGCUGGUGGCGGCGCGCUGCCUGCCGCCCGAGCUGCUGCGCGCCGACGCCGCCGCGGACCCCCGCGAGAGGUACGCGGCGGGCUGGCUGGGUGCGUACCGGCUGCUGUUGGACGGCUGGCGGCUGUGGUGGGCGCGCUCGGCGCUGGACACGUGCGCGGGCGAGGCGGGCGGCCGCCGCGUGGCCGUGGCCUGCUCCUACUGCGGCAAGUCGGUGGCCGCGCCGCACGCCCGACCCGCCGCGCGUCCUGCGUUCGCGCGUCUGCCGCCGCCCGCCGCCAAGAUGAAGCAAAUCUCGUCGUGCCCCAACUGCCGCAAGCCGCUGCCGCGCUGCGGCGUGUGCUCGCUGCACCUGGGCGGCGCGGCGCCGGGCGCGGGCGCGGGCGGCGGCCAGUUCGGCGGCUGGUUCAGCUGGUGCGUGGCCUGUCGCCACGGCGGCCACGCCGCGCAUCUGCUCGAGUGGUUCAAGGAGCACACGGAGUGCCCGGUGAGCUCGUGCACGUGCCACUGUAGCACGCUGGACCCGCCUGACUGCCCCUAGCGCGCAAUGCACGCGAACGGCUAAGGACCGUAACACCUCAACACAACCACGUUUGUCCAGUUACAGUCGACGGGCCUUCA